AUGGCCAGCUCAAAUGUGUCCGAUUGGGAUGAGGCGCUGCCCACAUCGUCGACCGAAGAGGAGGAGGAAGAGGAUCCCGACUACUGCAGCCCGGAGAAUCGCAAGAAGCGGCAGGAAGAAAAUGUCUCCAAGUUGCAGUCAUAUGUGCGACGCAUGGCCUACCAGCCGGCCCUGCCGCCUAAGGCACGUGCCUAUGAUGUGGCACUGUCGCAGCCCAAGCGUCUCACCUUGGAGGCCAAUUACGAACAGUUCAAGGACUAUUAUGAUCCCAAGCUACGUGCAAAGCGCAUUAAGCGCAUGUUGGGCAAAUAUAAUGCCAUCACCACUGAGCAACUCGAGGAUGUGCUCAAGAGCACAAAACGAAAGGAGCGCCGAAAGGAAGAUUUUCUAAAGCGCAAGCAAGAGCUCUACUACAACAUGCUCACCAAGAUGGAGCGUCAGUGUCGCACCCAGUAUCUUAAUGUGCUGAUCAAGAAAUUUGCCAAGUUCAUCGCCCAUUUGGCAACAACAAUGCGAAUACCGCCACAACUGGUCGAUCCAUAUGCACGCAUGCAACGCGGCAUCUUCUGCAACAUACUGUUGGCUAUUGGGGUGCAGCCCACAUCGCAAUCGGCCAUUUACUAUACCAGUCAGGAUGCCAUCGAGUACGAUGUGUGCCAUCGCUUGGCCCAUGCGCUGCUCAGUCUGAUCAUUAAGGCGCUGGACACGGCCGCCACAACCGAGUCUGCCAAUGAUCUCACCAAAUCAGCAGCAGGAACGACUUCAGCAGCAGCUCCUUCAACGCAAUCGCAAUCCGCUGAUAUGGACUUUAAGAUGGACAACUACAUAAAGGAGCGUCUGAUGUGCGCCGCCAAGAAGAAGAUACGAAAUGAGCAGCGUCGCAAGAGAUUGUCCACAUUCAACUACGAUGCCUUCCACAAGUGUUCGCGCCUCGACUGCGAGUGAAUCCAAAUCCCUUUCCUUAUCAUUUUUGUUUUUCCUUUUUAGUUUUCCGCAUUUUUUUUCUUCCAACAAUAACAAGCAAAACAGCAAAUGUAAAAUCCAAA